CGCACAUCUGAAACCUUACCAAAUGUACUUCACACAAUAGGAUGGAUAUCUUGUAUUAAAAGAUAUAAUGAAACUUCAAAGGAUGACCACUCGUCUGAAAUAAUUGCAGAUUAUAAUAAUACUUACAAAGUUAAUUGGACUGAAGUUGACAAAAAUAUGAACUAUUAUAUUGGAGAAAAAGAUCUUCGCCUACAUGAUAAAGAGAAUAAAUUUACAUUAUUCUAUCCAAUACAACAUGAUAAAUUUAAUAUUAGGGAUUAUAAUUCCAUUAUAGCAGUUGUUGAACAAUUUGAAAUGGAGAAGCUUGGGAUCUUUUUGAAGAACUUUAAGGCAU